AUGGGUUCAGACCUCAGUGGAGAUUUGUUGUUCUGCCGCUCACAUCUUGACUACGCCAUCUCUACAUAUGGGUGUGCAUGGCUUUGGCAACUACUUCAUUCAUCUGGAAAACCUGUGUCUCCAGCUUCCUUAGAAGGCAAAGUUCUUGCCAUCGAUGUGAGCAUAUGGCUUCACCAAGCCAUGAAAGGAAUGCGGGACACAGAUGGCGGCCCCCUUCCCAAUGCACAUCUUCAGAGUCUUUUUUCACGCAUUUGCAAGCUCCUCUUUUACCGCAUCCGCCCUGUGUUUGUUUUUGAUGGAGGUGUGCCAGUCCUCAAGAAGAAGACUCUGGCUGCCAGAAGGGAACGGAAAAUAACUGUUGAAAAAGAAAAGGGAUGUACCACAGAAAAGUUGCUGCAGAACUUGCUGGCACUGCAUGCUGUAAAGGGAGCACUUGGAAAGUCUCACCAAAGCAACCACCCAAAAAGACCUCCAGAAGAAGACAUAUUUCACUUGUCUCCCUUACCUGAGGAAGACAGAGGUUCUGCUGGCCCCAUUGAAGAUGCUGCAGUAUGGGAAGCAGAACUGGAGAGGAAGAGGAACGAGCUUCUCGAUUUCAGUUGGGACUUUAACCAGAAUUUAGCAGACAUUGACUUUGAGUCACAAGAAUUUGAAGAACUACCCCCAGAAAUAAGACAUGAACUUCUUACAGAGAUGAAAGAACAGAGGAAGGAAGAUGCCCUGGCUCGUUUCAUCGAUAUGCCAAAGGAUGCAGAAGAUUUUUCUAGCUUCCAACUGAAAAAGCUGAUAAAACAAAGCAAACUGACAGGAAAAAUAGAAUCCAUUCGCAAAGAAAUGAAUGCAAGGACUUCCGGAGACAUAGCUUAUGCACUAGGUGAUGACUAUUACGGAGAGGUAGUGGAGGCAAGGCGAGUGGUAUCCGAAGAAGCUGCCCAUUAUAUUCUUAUCAAGGGUCUAACGAAACGACAGCAGAUAGAAGAGGCCAACAGAUUUUCAUCAGAAAAUAGAGACUUAGUCAAAAAUGAAAAUCAAAGCAACAUUGCUAAACAGACAUUUGUUUCAAAGAAAAGAAAAAAAUUCAAAGCUGAAGAAGAUGCAUCUGAGACAUCAGAAGAAAAUGGGGCAGAAGACGUGCAAAUAAGUUGGGGGAAAACUUUACAGUUCAGUGAACAGGAAUGUGAACAGGUGCCUAGUGGCAGUGAUGAUGAUUCUUCCAUAUCAAGAAGACACAAGAAAAGAGGAAGUCUCACAAUUAAAGGAAGUGUGUCUUGUGGUGAGGACAAGAGGAAAGAAGUACUGAAACAGAAAGGAAAUGCUUGUGAUGUGAAGAACGUGGCUUUGGAUGAGAGAGAGUCAGAUACAGACUUAACAGAUUUUACUGAGACCAGUGUGCCUAAAGAGAUUCAAGCCACUGAUGUGUCAACAUCUCAACAUGGACCUUAUUUUGACAAUAGUGACUUAGCCAGGGAUGUAUGUCAUGACAGUGUAGAGACUGGCACGAUAUGCUACAAUGAACAAAUGGAUGUCAAGGAAUUGGAAGUUGAAAGACAGCGUCUUAUUUUGGAAGAGGAAGAGCUUGUUAAAAAAAGAGAGGCAAAGAUAGCAGCUUUGAUGAAAUCUUUAGAAAAACGCAAUAUUUUGUCUGAAAGCAAAUCAGAGUCUUUGAAUAAUGAUGGGUCAAGAAAACAGAAGAAGAAUGUAUUAACAGAAGAAAGAUCAUUGUUCAAAGAACAAGAAUUCAAAAAGACCUUUUUCUCUGUAGAUAAUUUCUCACAGGAAGCAGAAAUAGGUACAACUGAUAGUGAUAUGGGUUCUUUUUCAAAAGUUACUGGGAAUAUUUCCCAGCAUGAAAACAUUUCACAGAAAAAAGCAGGAGGAACUGGGAAUAUCUCAAUGUAUGAAACAAGUUCAGACAAAAAAGUGGUAAAGACUGCGGGAGUUUGGGAAGAUAUGCCAUCAGGAGAGGGUAAGGCUUUUAAAAAGAAUCCAAAACCUUUGAAACAAACAGAUUGUUCUGUAAAUUUGUCAUCAAGAAAAUAUGCAGUGCCUUCUAUGACUGUUGACUACCUUGAAGACCUCGGACCAGGAGAGCCUGCUUCAGCUGGAGAAUCUUUGAAGGAGACAUUGCUUUGCAAAAGUGAAACACCACCAGCAGCCAGUACAUGUUCAAUAAAAACUGCUGAGGAAUCAUUACCAGAAAACCAUGAAAUCCAUGGAGAUGGAAAUAGUGUGUACAGGAAGUGUAAAAUGGUUGAAGCAAGCCCUUCAGCAUCUCAAAGCCUGGAAGAAGAUUCUGAAGUUCACAUGAAGGCUUCAUUGAAGUCACUUUCGACCCCAUCCUGGCCCAAGAGGAUAAUCUUUUUCCUGCCAGCAUUUUUAUCACCUGUCAACCAGAAGACAAAACGGCCAUUUCAUGGAAGCAUAAACACUGAACCCACAGAUAAAGGAAGAGAUAGUUCUAAACAAAUGCCUGUUUGUGACCAAAAUGGUAGUGAGACUGACUGUCAGUUUGUUAAAGAGACCAGGAGUGCAAAUGGGCAGGCAGUGAAUGACAGAGUUAAGACCAGCACAAUGAUCACUGAUUCUGUUGAAGGUAAUGAGUUCCCCAUUAUAGAGCAAAAGAAGGCAUCUGAAAUGGAGCUGCAGAUGGAAGAUCGAGAAGUAACUGACCCAGUUUUCACAGGCGUGGAAACAUUGAGUGAUUUGUAUGCCAAGCAUAAGGUGCUGUCUAGUGAGAGACAAUCACUGGCCAGCGAGCUAGGAAAACAAACAAGGCUUACAUCUUCCAUUUCUGACAAAAUUAAUCAGGAAGCGCAGGAACUCCUGCAGCUGUUUGGCUUGCCUUUUGUUGUCAGCCCAAUGGAGGCUGAAGCACAAUGUGCGCAGCUGGAACUAGAUGGUUUGACUGAAGGCACACUCACCGAUGACAGUGAUGUAUGGCUUUUUGGAGCUAAAAGAGUCUACAAGAACUUCUUUAAUCAAAGCAAAUAUGUCGAGUUCUAUUCAGCUGAUGCUAUCAGAGAGAAAUUUUGCCUUGACAGAGAGAAGUUAAUCAACAUUGCUCUGUUGUGUGGAAGUGACUACACAGAAGGCAUUACUGGCGUUGGUCCUGUCCGGGCCUUGGAGAUUAUGGCUGAAUUUCCUGGUGAGGGCUUGCAGGGAUUACAUAACUUCAGGGAAUGGUGGGAAAAAAGCCAGAAAUCUAGGCAUAGGUAUGGAUCAAGCAAAGUACAGAGCAAGCUAUGCAACUUGAAGCUACAUGAAGGAUUUCCAUGCCAGCAAGUGGUUAAUGCAUACACUCAGCCUACAGUAGAUGAGUCAAAAGAGCCUUUUUCAUGGGGUGAACCUAAUUUAGAUCUGUUGAGACAAUUUGCAAAGGAAAAAUGUGGAUGGGACCGCCAGAAAAGUGAUGACAUCUUACUUCCAAUGAUUAAAGAAUAUUCAAAGAAAAGGACUCAAGGAAAAAUUAGCAGCUACUUUCAUCCAGAGAACUACAUAAAGCCAGCAAAAGUCGGCAGCAAACGUCUUCAGAAUGCACUGAAUAGACUUCAUCACAAUGGAGAGUCAUCAUCUGACUCUGAUACCACCUCAGAUGACUAUAACCAACACGUCAGGCUUCCAGAUGCAAGCUUUCCUGAGGUAGGUGAGGGUAUAAUAGACAAAGCCAACAAAAUCCUAGAAAGGUCAUCAGCUCACAGAGGCAAGGGUAAAGGGAAGUCAAGCAAGACUAAUGUGAAAACCAGAACAGACACAAAGAAGUCAGACAAUAACAAUCGGGGUCAGAAAGGUCAAGUAAGACGUGGAGCUGGUAGGGGCCAGAAUGUCCUAGCAAAGAGGACUGUGAUAUCUAAGAUUGAAGUUUCUCUUUCUGAGAGCAGCUCCAGUGAAGAAGAAUUUGCAAGUAAAAAACCUGCCAAAAGAAAAAAUACUCAGCCCAUGGAUGCUGAGAUACACAAAGCAAGGAUAAUCAAGAACACAAAUUCCAGUGAACAGAGAAAGAUACAACAUACAAAUACCUCUGCAAAAGCUGUUGCAAAUCUUAGAGCAAUCAAAGGAGUAGGUGGAACCCUUGAAAACCAGGACAAAAAGAUAAAAACUUUGCCACAAGUUGAGACUGCUCUUGGUCCAAACCUAGACACUGGCAUUAUUACCAUUGAGGAUCUUGGAAGCGAUUUCAGUGAGGAAGAUUACCACUAGGCAAUUUUUGUAAGAAUGUAUAGUUUGUCUCUCAAGGGAGGAGUGGGUGG